UCGGGGGCCGGGGGCGCGGAGCGUGCAGGGAGGCAAGGCGCUGUAGCUUCGGGGAUCCCCCGAGGCUGCUCGGCCCGGCCCCACCUCCGCCGUGGGUCCCUGCUCUACCUACCCUAGCUCAGGCCGGCAGAGCCAGCGCUCGCGGAUGCGGCUGGUGCGCAGUAGCGGGCCUGGCCAGCGGCUGGGAGCUUGCAGAGAGGGCGGAUCUCGGGUCGGACCCGCAGCCCCCGACGCCGGGCCUGAGGGUUCCCCCCGCCCCGGCCUCCUGCCAGUCACUACCACCCCUAGCCUCUCCAGCUGAGCUCGGCGCCGGGAGAGGAUUAAGUUUGAUCACUAUUAUCAUCUUACCCACAGACAGAGGAUGCAGGGCUUCAUUUUUGUUCCUAAAAGCAGGGGCACCGUAGAUAUGUAAAGUAUGUGUCCUAAUGUCUCCUGAAUUUGCCCUCAUCCUUGCCCUCAAACCUUUACCUCCCCAGUGCUUUCAGAACCUAGAGAGACUUCAUCUCACUACUGAGCCCCUGUCCUUAGCCUCAUGUUUCUUAUUCUUUCCUUUCUAGCACCCAGGAAGGCAGGGGGCUCCCUUUAUCCAAGGAGGUGGCUGUGCAGGUGGCCACCACAGGUGGCAGGAACCACAGGCUGGGGCACUCCGGAGUCAGGAGUGAGUGGGCAGGUUGACUGGCCUCAGGCAGCCUCUCAGCCAGGGCCCUCUCCGCGUCAGCAUGAACUCCAGGACCGCAUCUGCUAGGGGCUGGUUCAGCAGCCGCCCACCCACCUCUGAGUCUGACCUGGAACCUGCCACAGAUGGGCCAGCCUCCGAGACCACUACCCUCAGCCCAGAGGCCACCACCUUUAAUGACACCAGAAUACCUGAUGCAGCUGGUGGCACGGCCGGCGUGGGUACCAUGCUUCUGUCCUUUGGGAUCAUCACGGUGAUAGGCCUGGCUGUGGCCAUGAGGAACAUUCAGAAGGCCUGGGUGGAUGGCCCUCUUGCCAAAAUCAGAGGUAGGAAGCUCGUAGGACAAAGGCAGCGGAGGGCAGAAGAUAGCUCCUGGGGACCGGAGACAGGCCCAGAUGUGCUCACUGAGUGCUGCUUCCUCUCCCCGAUGCCAGCCUCAAGCAGGACCGUGGGCACAAGGAGGAGCAAAUCUGCACCAGGCUUUCUGCCUUACCCAGGAAGGAAAAGUGCUUGGUUUUGUACAUCAGGAAGAAGAAGAGGCUGGAGAAGCUACGCCACCAGCUCAUGCCCAUGUACAACUUCGACCCCACGGAGGAACAAGAUGAGUUGGAGCAGGAGCUGCUGGAGCAUGGGCGGGACGCCGCCUCCGUGCAGGCUGCUAAUUCUGUUCAGGCCAUGCAGGGCAAGACUACUCUGCCCUCCCAGGGCCCACUGCAGAGGCCCAGCCGGCUGGUGUUUACCGAUGUGGCCAAUGCCAUCCAUGCGUGAGUGGCCUGGGACAAGCCCGGACUUCUGAUAGAGACCCGCCACGGUGCCCACAGAGCUCUCCACUCCCUGAUUGUCAAGACCUACUCUGAAGAUCUGCCCUGCCAAGACAUGAGAGGGCUGAGCCAGGCCCCAGCUGUUCUCCAGACCCACCUGCUGACUCUAGACUCUAAGAGAGGGCCCUAGCCAGGUUGGACUUCUGACCACUGACUUCUCCUGACCUGAGGGCCCUGGCACAGAGGGCAUCCCUCAGGCUGAGAAGGUCAAGAGCCUCUGCUGGCUUCCUCAUCCCCUGUCCAGAUCCCUCACGUCAGGGUCUGCCCCAUUAAUGUGGAGGAAAUGGGGGAGAUACAGAGUGGGAGGGAUUGGGGGAGGAAAGGGGAGGUUUCCCUCUGUUAGGGAGAGACCUGUUUUUUGGAAUCUGGAGCCUCCUCUGGGGUGGGGAGAGGAAACAACCCAAGCUAUAGGGACAGGGUAGGGCAGCACCUGUUAUGGGCCCUGAGAAGCCCAGAGAUGGAGCUGAAACUGUCCAGUAUGCAAGGAUGCCAGGAGAAGGGCAAUUCACACCCAGGGUCCAUCCAUACUACAGAGGGUCCAGGAGGUCUCCCAGCCACCCAUCCUUGGCAACCAGAUGUUACUGGGGCCAAGCUAGGAUGGGAGCUGAGGGGGAAGGAAGUAGGGGAAUGGAAGUGGAAGGAUACAGCCCCCCUCCAGACCUGCUGAGAGGCCUCAUGCAUGUGCAUGAGUGUGCCCACGGGCAGACAUGUGCCUGUCCCAGCACAGCGGGCAGGAUGAGAUUGUCCACACUGGCCCCACCCUCCAAGUCGACCUCUACCCCAUGGUAUAUAGUGGAGCAUCAGGGUAGGCUAUCUUUUCUGCCUUCAAUCUUCAGGGACUGCAGGGAAGAGGGAAGCACGCACGGCACGGUUCCUCUCUCCACUGCAUUGCUUCACUGGGCUCACCUGCUUCUGAAAACGACUCCCUGUCUUGGGCUCUACUGAGGAUCUGGGGUUGGGAGAGGCUGUUGGUCUGAGGACAGUAAUCACAGGCUGCAGGCUAGAGGGGGCAGUUAUGACUGCCUGAAAGCGGGUGAGGGAUUGCACCUCAGAAAAACAUCUAAAAAACGUAGUCUAUGUUUGAAUUCCCCACCUCCAUCCCAUCUAUGGGAAGAGCCGUUCAGUGUUUAGAGAGUGGGGAGAUGGGUCCCUGCACUUGGCCUCUCCAUAAGCCUUGGAGGGUCAGGGCUGAUACCAGGGGUCCUGGCAAGGCAUUGGGCAGAGACAGACCCCAAGAGCGGGGCAUUUUUUUAUGCUGGGCAUACAUAUGCACACAAGCAUGCACAGAGGCAUGUCCUGUGCCCAGCCUGUCCACCGUCACUGUCCACCACUGCUUGGAGGGGAUGCAGGGGUAGUGUAUGCAGACCUUCCAUUGGGCAAAUGCCAUGUGUCAGGAGGGAAGGGCCUAGGAAGCCCCCAUGGGGAAGGUUCUGGAUUUAUUCCCUCCUCUAAAUGCUGUAAAUACGUUAGCACUUGAGUCGACUGGAGGCUGCCAGGGAUUCAGGAUAUGCAACCAGAGCAGCUCCAUGUGAGAGCAUUAAAGAUGUAAUGAAGAUGUUUA